AGCUCGCACAGGUUACGCGCGCAGAUCCAAAGCUCUCCCUGUGUCCUCCCUCAUGUAGACCACACACACACCCACGACACACACACGCACACACACAUGUGGCUGCACCCGCUGCACUGUGUUGUCAUAUAUAAAAAACUGACCAGACGGCGCAAAAAGUGGCCGGUCGCCUUAAACCCUCAGGACAUACACACAGCCUACACGCAUCUGUAGGGCCUAACUAAUAAAGUAAAGCGUAAAUAAAGUACAAAGAGGCAGACAGGCAGGCAGGCAGGCAGCACGUUCGACACACACGGCACAGCACGGCACCGUGUAUGGGUGCCUCUCCUCUCUACAUAUGAUACACUCUGCUCCCUUGAUCGAUCGCAUAACGCUCCGACUAACAAAUGACACAAUCACUGCUCCAUUGAAUGCACACACACCCACACACACACCCACACGCAUACCCCCGUCUGUCUGCCCGCCCCCUCAAGCCACAAGUCGCUUUCUCAGCUGCUUCAUCUUGGCAUCGACUUCCUGCACCCGGGCCACUUUCUGUGUCAUUGUCGUGUUGCUAUCGCUAAGGAUUGCCUCCCUCGUGUGCUGCCAGGCACUCUUGUCCAGCUCAGCCAUCAGCCGCACCGCAUCACUGAGCCGCUCGAUCGCAUCACUCGUUCUGGUUGUCCGCUCGCAGCGCAUCGAUGGCCGCUUGCACAGUCUCAUUACUCGGCAGCGUAGCAAUGCUGGCAGCCAGGUUGUUGUUGUCGCCUCUGAUGGCGUCGAUGUCCGUCUUCAGCGCAUAUCCGCGGCUGUCGGCUCUGAGUGCGGCGAUGUCGGCUUUGAUGGCCUCAAUAUCCGUCGGCAGGGCGGUAAUACCCGGCCAGAUGAAGCACAGAAUGAGGACGCCGACGGCGAUCAGUGCGAUGGAGCCCAAGAUGGAGGCAGAGCAGGUUUCGCCGACGACGUAACUGACGCGAUUCUCCAGCCUUUUUAGCCUAGUUUUCAGCCGCUCCCCGGCAUCGGCGGCAUCGGCAGACGGCGCAGGCAUAUAGGGCACAGGUGUUCCCUCCGUUGCGGGAGGGGCACUCGCCUCGACGUCGGGAUACGCCACCAUCACAGGACACACAGCCUGACAAGCAUACCCACAUCCACAAGCCUACGCAUGAAAGACAAAACGGAUGCGUGGGGAGAUCUCUGCCCUCACCUCUUCGUCGAGUGCUUUGAAAACGAACAGAAUGCAGCUUGCGACAAAACGGGCAGAGAUCGUAGCUAAGCUCGCGCGGGGAUGGCUGGGGUCUGUCGGUGGUCACAAGCUCUGCAGAAGCAACAUGCAGCGGAUGGCACACAGGUACGUCAGCAGACGGACACACGAGGCAGGCAGGCAGGCAACAAUUCAUCAAUCAAAGGCUUCACAUGUAUGUCAUGUGGUGCUGUCCAGUGCCGCUCCAGGGGGAUGCCAGACGGAUACGCCUUCAU